UUCCCACACCUGGUUUCUCCCAGAAGCUGGCAAGAUGCCCUCAGUCGAAGUCAAAAGCCAGGUUUCAAAAGUCCUCAAUAAAACCACCCCAGGGCUUCAGAUAUGGAGAGUGGAGAACAUGGAGUUGGUGCCUGUCCCCUCAAAAACCUAUGGGCACUUUUUUGAAGGAGACAGCUACAUCAUUUUAUACACCCACAAGACCAGCAAUAAGUUCUCCUACGACAUCCACUUCUGGCUGGGCAAGGCCACUUCCCAGGAUGAGCAAGGGGCGGCGGCCAUCUACACCACCCUGAUGGAUGAGCACCUGGGAGGCGUGGCUAUCCAACACCGCGAGACACAGGGCUAUGAGAGUGACAUCUUCCGAGGAUAUUUCAAACAGGGCAUCAUUUACAAGAAGGGAGGGGUGGCCUCGGGCAUGAAGCAAGUGGAGACAAACACAUACAACAUCCGCAGGCUGCUGCACGUCAAAGGCCGCAAGAACGUGGUGGCAGGAGAGGUGGACAUGAACUGGAACAGUUUCAACAAGGGCGACGUAUUCCUGCUGGACCUGGGCAACCUGAUCAUUCAGUGGAAUGGGCCCAAAAGUAACCGCAUGGAGAGGCUCAAGGGGAUGAAUCUGGCAAAAGACAUCCGGGACAGGGAGAGAGGGGGACGAGCACAGGUGACCGUGGUGGAGGGAGAGGAUGAGAAGUCCUCGGAGGAGGCAAUGAAGCUCAUGCGGCAGGCACUCGGUGAGAGGAGGGAGCUCAAAGAUCCAAUUCCUGAUGAGGUGGUCGACCAGACGCUGAAAUCCAACAUCAAGCUCUUUCAGAUCUCGGACGCACAGGGGAAUCUGGUGGUGCACGAGGUAGCUGUGAAGCCACUGACUCAGGACCUGCUCAAACACGAGGACUGCUACCUAUUGGACCAAGGUGGAAUCAGGAUCUUCAUCUGGAAAGGAAAGAAGGCAUCCAAGACAGAGAGAGCUGAAUGCAUGGAGAAAGCAGAGCACUACAAAAAAGCAAAGGGCUAUCCGCCCUCCACCUACGUGGAGAUGGUGAACGACGGUGCUGAGUCUUCUGUCUUCAAACAGCUGUUCCAGAAAUGGACAGUGAAGGGCCAGACAGUAGGCCUGGGGACGACACACAGUCCAGGGAAGAUCGCCAAAGUGGAGCAGAUCAAGUUUGAUGCCACCUCCAUGCAUGCACGACCUGACCUGGCAGCCCAGCAAAGGAUGGUGGAUGACGGGAGCGGUGAAGCAGAGGUUUGGAGGAUAGAGGACAAUGAGCUGGUUCCUGUUGACAGGAAGUGGCUGGGCCACUUCUAUGGUGGUGACUGUUACCUUAUUCUCUACAAGUAUGAAGUUAGCAACAGGAUGCAUUACAUCCUGUACAUCUGGCAGGGGCGUCACGCCAGCACUGCAGAGCUAACCGCAUCUGCUUACCAAGCUGUGAUCCUGGACCAGCAGUACGAUGGCCAGCCGGUGCAGGUGCGGGUGCCUAUGGGCAAGGAGCCACUCCACCUCAUGGCCAUUUUCAAGGGCAAGAUGGUGGUUUAUGAGGAGGGGAGUUCACGUGCAGGCUCCGCCAAUCCAAAGAGUGGCCCAAGGCUCUUCCACGUCCAUGGCACCAACGAGUUCAACACUCGCGCCAUCGAGGUGCUUCCCCAGUGCUCCUCUCUGAACUCCAAUGACGUCUUUGUGCUCAAGACUGACACUUGCUGCUACCUGUGGUAUGGAAAGGGCUGCAGUGGAGACGAGAGGGAGAUGGGAAAAACUCUGGCUGACAUCAUCUCAAAGAGGGAGAAACAUGUGAUUGCUGAGGGCCAGGAGCCUGCGGACUUCUGGGUAAACCUGGGAGGGAAGUCCCAAUACUCCAACAGCAAAAGGCUACAGGAGGAAAACAACAACAUCACUCCCCGCCUCUUUGAAUGCUCAAAUCAGACUGGCCGCUUCAUUGCCACGGAGAUAACCAACUUCACCCAGGAAGACCUGGACGAGGACGAUGUCAUGCUCCUGGAUAUCUGGGACCAGGUGUUCCUGUGGAUAGGGAAGGGUGCAAACGAGACAGAGAAGGAGGCAGCAAUCACUACAGCACAGGAAUACCUGCGGACUCACCCCGGGGGGCGGGACGUGGAGACGCCCAUUCUUCUGAUCAAACAGGGGUUCGAACCGCCCAACUUCACGGGCUGGUUCCACGCCUGGGAUCCCAACAUGUGGAGUGGUGGGAAAUCUUACGAGCAGCUGAAGGCUGAAUUGGGAGAUGCCACUGAAAUCAUCAAGGUCACAGUGUCCCAGCCCAUUGGCCUAACUCCCUCCAACCUGCCGAACUUCCCUGCUGACAAACUGGUGAACUGCCUGGCUGACGACCUGCCAGAGGGGGUGGACCCCACCAAGAAGGAGGAAUACCUUUCCCAUGAAGACUUCGCACUGGUCCUUGGCAUGUCCCGACUCGACUUCUACUCCAUGCCUCUUUGGAAACAGCAGAACCUGAAGAAGGAAAAGGGCUUGUUCUAG